AUGGUGUUUGAGCUACACAUCUGGGGUCCCGCCUUCACCCUCCCUUCCAUUGACCCGCAAUGCCUCGCCGCUGUCGCCUACCUUGUGCAGACGGUACCACGACACCAGUGGGUCUUAGUCGCUAGUAGUAACGAGGACAUAGGUCACGCGAGAGUGCUCCCUGCCCUGAGACAUGAUGAGUAUACUGUAGCAGGCUACGAGAAUAUCGUGGCGCAUUUAUCGGCUCUACAUGGAGGCAAAUACAACCUCGACACAUCUCUAGAUACGAGCAAUCGUGCAGACGCAAUAGCCUUCUCCUCCCACAUCCAGACUUCACUCCUCCCCCUUCUCGAUCUCUCCCUCUACGUCUCCUCUGAGAACUACACCGAUGUUACUCGCCCAGCUUACUCUGCAUUCCUCUCCUGGCCGUCACCAUACACAAUCCCACCAUCGCGACGCGCGUUAGCCAAGAGCCGUAGCUCGUAUCUAGGCCUCUCGUCACUCGACCUCGACACAACCGAUACCGAUGAAGAAAGACGGCAGAAACAUUUAGGAGAGAGCAUCAUACCGGAAAGACUACGGAAUGCCCCUGUGGCCCAAACAGUCACGGGCUUACUGAAGAAAGAGAGGAGCACGGCAAGAUUCAAGCUUGAGGCACUCGUCGAGGCGGCGUGUGAACCGCUGAGCGAGCUUCUGGGAGACAAGAAAUAUUUUCUAUCCGACAGCCAGCCUUCGAGUCUGGACUGUCUCGCCUUAGGCUAUCUAGCUUUGGCAGUGAUACCGGAAAUACCACAGGCAUGGUUGAAAGAGGGCUUAGUGACCAAAUACAAGAAUCUUUGUGAAUACGUGAAGCGAAGGGUCAAAGAAGUGUUUGGAGGGCCAAUUCGCGUCGACGCCGCACUCUAUCCAGCAUCCAGCGAGCAAGAGAAAGAUACGAUACACAAGCUCCCGUGGCAAACGCCUCCAGCUCCGUCGACAAUGGACAAAGCUUCCGCACUCGCACGCUCCCUUACGGACGGGCUGCCCUUCACAGAUUCCAAGAUCGUCACGGCAUCAGACGCUGAUGCGAAGGCUCCUGCUCACCCCUCAAUGUCUUCAGCGGUUCUACCGCUUUCCAUUGCAGCUGCUGCCGCCGCCGCAAUUGGGGCCUACAUGUUUGGUCCUGAGCUCUCGAGCUUAUUUGGGCCACAAGAGAUGGGAAAUGGACGACAAGACAUGGGCGAGGCAGGAGAUGUGCUUGCCGGUCUCAACUUUGGUAGUGCUCCUCGUCAAAGCAGUGGACCUCCGCCGAGGGAAGGCAGAUUGCGGUUGGGCUUGAGGUCGAUGCGGUGA